UUGCAGAACAUGGACAGAUCGGGAAUGAAAAAUGCUUAAGAAUUUCAAGACUUCACCAUGAAUUGGCUUACAGAUCACUGCUUUGGUUAAGUCUAAAGAGGGCACCCAUGAUUUUGAUGGUUUCUGCUUCUGAGAAAAAUAAUCAGAUUUUUCAUCACCCCUACUAAUUGGCUAAACAAAUACAGUUGAUAAUUUCAGUGACUCAGAAACACAGUCUUCUGAAAACAUCUUGUGGUUGUGGCAGCAUCUUGCUUACAAAGGAAAGGAAGAAUGUAAAAUCCAGGGACUUGAAACAAAAGCUUCCUACUCACAACACCUGAAGGACUUCUGAAAGAAAUUGCCCCAGGACUCCCAACUAAUACUAAUUUGUUGAAACAUCAUGUGCUGAAAUAAAAAAAAAGAAAGGGCAGCUGACCCACCUUUGUGCUAGUGUCCCAGUCACCAUGUUGUUUGCGCUCUUUGAGCUCUAGACGCACGGGGAGAGAGCUGAGAGCCUGAAAAUGAGGCCAUGGACCGGCUCCUGGCGUUGGAUUAUGCUCGUUCUCUUUGCUUGGGGGACUUUGUUGUUUUACAUAGGCGGACACUUGGUACGGGACAACGAUCAUCCUGAUCACUCCAGCAGAGAACUCUCCAAGAUACUGGCGAAGCUUGAGCGCCUAAAACAGCAGAAUGAAGACUUGAGGCGGAUGGCAGAGUCUCUCAGGAUACCAGAAGGUCCCAUGGACCAGGGACCAGCUGCAGGAAGGGUACGUGCUUUAGAAGAACAGCUUUUAAAAGCCAAAGAACAGAUAGAAAAUUACAAGAAGCAAACCAGAGAUGCAGGUCUAGGGAAGGAUCAUGAAAUACUGAGGAGGAGGAUUGAAAAUGGAGCUAAGGAGCUCUGGUUUUUUCUCCAGAGUGAAUUGAAGAAAUUGAAAAAUUUAGAAGGAAAUCAACUCCAAAGACAUGUGGAUGAAUUUCUAUUUGAUUUGGGUCAUCAGGAAAGGUCAAUAAUGACAGAUCUGUACUACCUCAGUCAAGCAGAUGGAGCAGGUGAUUGGCGAGAAAAAGAAGCCAAAGAUCUGACAGAGCUGGUCCAGAGGAGAAUAACAUAUCUUCAGAACCCCAAGGAUUGCAGAAAAGCUAAGAAGCUGGUGUGUAAUAUCAACAAAGGCUGUGGAUAUGGCUGUCAACUCCACCAUGUUGUCUACUGCUUCAUGAUUGCAUAUGGCACUCAGAGAACUCUCAUUUUGGAAUCCCAUAACUGGCGCUAUGCUACUGGUGGAUGGGAGACUGUAUUUAGACCUGUAAGUGAGACGUGCACUGAUAGAACAGGUACUGCGACCGGACACUGGACAGGUGAGAUAAAUGACCAAAACAUUCAGGUGGUAGAGCUUCCCAUUGUUGACAGCCUUCAUCCACGGCCGCCUUAUUUACCAUUGGCUGUUCCAGAAGACCUUGCAGAUCGGCUUGUGCGGGUCCAUGGAGAUCCUGCUGUGUGGUGGGUUUCCCAGUUUGUCAAAUACUUAAUCCGUCCACAGCCUUGGUUAGAAAAGGAAAUUGAAGAGGCCACCAAAAAGCUUGGUUUCAAGCAUCCAGUUAUCGGAGUUCAUGUCCGACGUACAGACAAAGUGGGGACAGAAGCCGCAUUCCAUCCUAUUGAGGAAUACAUGGUUCAUGUAGAAGAGCAUUUCCAGCUUCUUGAACGCAGAAUGCAUGUGGACAAAAAAAGAGUUUAUUUGGCUACAGAUGAUCCUUCCUUAUUGAAGGAGGCAAAAUCCAAGUACCCAAAUUAUGAAUUUAUCAGUGAUAACUCCAUAUCCUGGUCAGCUGGACUACACAAUCGAUACACAGAAAAUUCCCUACGAGGUGUGAUCUUGGAUAUACACUUUCUGUCACAGGCAGAUUUCCUAGUCUGUACAUUUUCAUCCCAGGUCUGUCGAGUUGCUUAUGAAAUCAUGCAGACACUGCAUCCAGAUGCCUCUGCCUACUUCCAUUCUUUGGAUGACAUUUACUAUUUUGGGGGCCAGAAUGCCCACAACCAGAUUGCUGUUUAUCCUCACCAACCACGAACUGCUGAUGAAAUCCCAAUGGACCCUGGAGAUGUUAUUGGCGUGGCUGGAAACCACUGGGAUGGCUAUUCUAAAGGUGUCAAAUAGAAAACUAGGGAGAACAGGCUUGUACCCUUCCUAUAAAGUGAAGGAGAAAAUAGAGACAGUCAAGUACCCCACAUACCCAGAAGCUGAGAAAUAAAUUU